AUGGGUUGUGGAAUGAGUACUGAGGAUAAGGAGGGGAAGGCCCGCAAUGAGGAGAUUGAGAACCAGCUCAAGCGCGACAAGAUGAUGCAACGCAACGAGAUCAAGAUGCUUCUUCUCGGUGCUGGAGAGUCUGGCAAGUCGACAAUUCUGAAGCAGAUGAAGCUCAUCCACGAGGGCGGUUACUCGCGCGACGAACGGGAAUCUUUCAAGGAGAUCAUUUACAGCAACACAGUGCAAUCGAUGCGUGUUAUCCUGGAGGCUAUGGAGUCACUUGAGCUUCCCCUGGAGGAUGCCCGCAACGAGUACCACGUUCAGACUAUUUUCAUGCAGCCCGCUCAGAUCGAAGGUGACAGCAUCCCGCCUGAGGUUGGCAACGCCAUCGGUGCUCUCUGGCGCGAUACCGGAGUUCAGGAGUGCUUCAAGCGCUCUCGUGAAUACCAGCUGAACGACUCCGCCAAAUACUACUUCGAUGCCAUUGACCGCAUCGCUCAACCCGACUACCUUCCCACCGACCAGGAUGUUCUCCGCUCCCGUGUCAAGACUACCGGUAUCACCGAGACCACCUUUAUCAUCGGCGAUCUGACCUACCGCAUGUUCGACGUCGGUGGUCAGCGUUCCGAGCGAAAGAAGUGGAUUCACUGUUUCGAGAACGUCACCACCAUUCUCUUCCUGGUCGCCAUCUCCGAGUACGAUCAGCUCCUGUUUGAGGACGAGACUGUCAACCGUAUGCAAGAAGCUUUGACUCUGUUCGACUCCAUUUGCAACUCCCGGUGGUUCGUCAAGACCUCUAUCAUUCUCUUCCUCAACAAGAUCGACCGUUUCAAGGAGAAGCUGCCCGUCAGCCCCAUGAAGAACUACUUCCCCGAUUACGAAGGUGGUGCUGAUUACGCCGCUGCCUGCGAUUACAUUCUCAACCGCUUCGUGUCUUUGAACCAGGCCGAGCAGAAGCAGAUCUACACCCACUUCACCUGCGCCACCGACACUACCCAGAUCCGAUUCGUCAUGGCCGCUGUCAACGAUAUCAUCAUCCAAGAGAACUUGCGCCUCUGCGGUUUGAUCUAA